AUGGCAAGAGAUGAAACAGCAGCAGAAGCAGAAACUCAGUCACUGAAAGCAUUGUAUCAGGAGUUUAGUGAGAACACGUCCAUGCAUGGCCUCGGCAGAGUGUUUGCCGUUAGCAGUACGUGGAGAAGAGUCACGUGGUCAGGUCUGUGCCUGCUAGCUUUAGGAUUUGCAGUUUACCAGUUUGUGACCACCAUUUCUGACUUCUAUAGUUAUCCUGUGACAACAAUAGUGACCCUAAAACACGAAAGUCGGGCAAUAUUUCCAGGGAUCACAAUCUGUAACUUAAACAGAAAGAGAAAGUCGAAGAUUGGCCCCGAACUGCUAAAGCAGACUUCAGGAUUUAAAGAGGUUACUUCUGUGUUUGUACACAUAUCUGUUCAUCUGCAUGUCUGUUUAUAA